AUGCGCGCGGUUGGAGCCUUUCACCGAAGGGUGGGGCGCUCCUUUGCGGCUGCCCAGCCUAAACCCUUGCGUUAUGCGCUCCUGGAUGUGGACGGAGUUUGCAUUCUCGGCGGUGCAGAAAUUCCAGGCUCUGCGCAGGCCCUUGCCACGUUGCGCUCCUCUGUCCGAGCUUGCCGCUUUAUCACAAACCAAUCCCAGGAGCCAUGCUCUGUGGUGCAGGGGAAUCUGCGUGGUGCAGGCUUUCAUGUUGGUGAUGGGGAAAUCUUCAGUGCGCUUCGUGCUGCACGGCAUUUCGUGAAGCAGCGGAAGCUAAGGCCACUGUGUUUGCUCAGCUCUGCGGCCAUGGAGGAGUUCCGUGAUGUGCCACAAGAGGAGCCAAACGCUGUGGUUGUCGGAACUGCACCGGAGCAUAUGCACUACGAGCGGCUAACCGAAGCCAUGCGAGUGCUCCAAGCCAACGAGGACAGCCAUCUCAUCGCGGUAAACAAAGGUCGAUACUUCCAGCGCGAGGAUGGCCUAGCGCUGCAGGCUGGCCCCUUCGUUGCGGCGCUCGAGUUUGCAACAGGCAAGAUGGCGACCGUGGUGGGGAAACCGGAUUGGGAAUUCUUCCACUCCGCCGUUGAAGAUGCAUCUGGUGUGAUGGGUACAUCCAGCGAUUUGCCCCUCGAGAACUUCGUCAUGAUAGGAGAUGACGUCAUCGAUGAUGUCCAAGGCAGGAUCGAGACGAGUGUCAUGAAAGCAUUGACUACGCAUUGCAAAGCGUAUGCAACGAAGUCUUUGUGCAUUUCAGAAGUUCCGGGUCGCGCGAGGUUGCCCAUGUAA